AUGUCUACUGCUUUCUCGAGCGAAACCGGGCAACGAAUAGCCCACCUGAAUCAUCUCUAUGAAAUGCUUUUGAUGCCUGAGUGCCUCACCACAGAAGCCCUUUUGCCUGACUUUCAGGGACAGGACCAAAUCAUUCCCUGCUGCGUUGAAUCCUUGGAUUUCGCUCAGCAGGCUCUGCCAGUUUCAAUGGAUACGACGGAGCUGAGAGCUCAACCCAAUACAAGUGAUACGGCGGUAUUGAUGUUGACCUCAGGCAGUACUGGGCGCUGCAAAGCAGUACCUCUAAGCCAUGGGCAGAUUCUCGCUGCCAUAUCCGGCAAGGCCUGGCUGAUGCCAGUCCCCAAAGGAAGCAGCUUCAUGAGUUGGACCGGCCUUGAUCAUGUUGCCGGUCUUGUGGAGAUCCAUCUCCAAGCCAUUUACACUCGACGGGACCAGGUGCUUGUGCAGGCCACAGAUGUCCUGAUGGACCCCGCACACUUCUUGAACUUAAUUAAACGACAUAAUGUGGCAUCUACAUUUGCGCCAAAUUUUUUCCUGGCCAGACUCCUGGCUUUCAUUCAACAAAAGGACAACUGCAAAACUGGCCACGGUUACUUGGAUCUCAGUUGUCUCAGACAAAUUACCUCCGGUGGGGAAGCUAAUGUGACCAAGACAUGUGAUGAGUUGUCUCAAUUGCUCUACGAAAAAUAUGGUGCCCCACUGGACGUGAUUGUGCCAGGCUUUGGUAUGACAGAAACUUGCGCAGGCGCGAUUUUCAACAAUGCUUGCCCUCACUAUGAUGUGAAACAAGGACUUCAAUUUACCUCACUGGGUGUCUGCAUGCCAGGGAUAUUGAUGAGAAUAACUGGUGAAGGUGGAGAAGAUUGCCUCGCUCCAUCGUUUGGGGUGGUGGGUGACUUGGAAGUAUCGGGUGAGGUGGUCUUCGCAGGAUACUUCAACAAUACACUCGAUACCAAGCUAUCUUUUACAGAUGAUGGAUGGUUCAAGACAGGGGAUAGGGCAUUUAUUGAUCAAAAUGGAUGUCUGGUCCUCCAGGGUCGCUCCAAAGAUCUCUUGAUUGUCAAUGGCGUGAAAUAUAGCCCAUCCGACAUUGAGAGAGCAUUAGAUGAAGCGCAAAUUUCGGGUCUGGCACCUAGCUCCAGUUGCUGUUUCUCUUCAUUCUUGUCUGGAGGGAAUACUGAGCAGGUCGUGAUUAUCUAUUCACCGACAUACGACUCGGAGGAUAUUACUUCCCGUGCCCAGACUGCUGCUGAAAUUGCGAAGGUUUCUCUUAUGUUGACUGGCUGUCGGCCGCAAAUUCUACCACUCCCUUCAUCUUUACUGCAAAAGAGCUCUCUGGGAAAGUUGUCUCGGGCAAUGAUCAAAAGCACGUUUGAACAAAGAGGCUACGAGAUUCACGAGAAAGACAAUAUGGAUAAGCUCGUGCUUCACCGCACCAAUAAAAGACGGGAACCUCAAAGCACGUUGGAGUACCAGCUAUUGUCUAUAUUUAUUGACGCACUUGAUGUGGCCCCCGAUGAAUUCGAUGUGCAAACUUCCAUCCUGGACUUAGGUAUCUCUUCGAUUGAGUUGAUUAAAUUGAAGAGAAAAAUUGACACCAAACUCACAUGUGUCAAUAUCAAAGAUAUUCCCUUGAUUGAUUUAAUGACCAAUACCACCGUGCAUGCUCUGGCGGAGUAUUUGGAAGGCCCCGAACAGCAUGUAAAGGCAUACAACCCCGUUGUUAAACUACAGAGCCAUGGCCACAAGACUCCUCUUUGGCUUGCUCAUCCUGGUGUGGGAGAGGUGAUGGUGUUUAUGAAUCUAUGCAAAUACCUCACUGAUCGGCCGGUCUACGCCUUGCGGGCCUCGGGCUUCAACGAAGGAGAAUCGCCGUCGGAGUCCAUUGAAGAAAUUAUCAGCCUAUAUCAUGAGGCCAUCAAGACACAACAGCCUCACGGACCGUACGCGUUAGCCGGUUACUCUUAUGGAGGAAUGCUGGCCUUUGAGAUUGGAAAAGUUCUUGAAGCGAAUGGUGACCAGGUGAAAUUUAUUGGUUCUUUUAACUUGCCACCACAUAUCCGAACACGCAUGAGCCAGGUGAAUUGGAAAAUGUCUGUGCUAGACCUGUGCCACUUUUUACAAUUGGUCUCGGAGGAUCGUGCAGCGGAAUUAGCGCAUGAACUUGCGGAUGUUCCCGACGAAAGACUGAUAUCUGAAGUUAUGGUUCACGUUAACUCUGACAGGUUGGCUGAGUUAGCGUUAUCCUCCACAGCCCUUACUAGAUGGGCGCGAAUUGGCUUGAAUUUGCAUCGCAUCGCGGUCACAUACGAGCCUUCGUCCUCGGUAGCUAGCAUGGAUGUGUUUUUCUGUGAUCCAAUCACUGUGGUGGCUCCUUCAAAGGCGGUUUGGCUAGAAGAAUUCCUUCUCAAGUGGAACGAUUUUACCAGAGCUGGGGCACGAUUUCAUGAGGUGCAAGGCACUCACUAUACCAUGCUGUCCCCGGAUAAUGUUUUCUCUUUUCAGAAGGUAUUACGUGGUGCUUUGGAAGCGCGGGGGAUUUGA